UGAUGAGGAUUUUCUUUACGUUUUCCUGGUGGCUACUUGUCGCACUACUUUCCGGGACUUCAAGCAAGCCCCGCAGGCAUAUCCAAAGAAAUGAAAGUAACAACUCCGACCUCACACCAUCAGCAGUGUUUGCAGAAAAACAUUAUUCUUGUAAGCUGUCCUGUACAAAGCCACCAGGCAGCCUGUGUAUAGAAAGCUCGAAUCGGACAUGUUUUUGCCAAUGUGUAAAUGAGGCAUUGCCAUGUCCGCCUCCGUCCAACGCCACUUGUCCUAGUGGUUCUCCGCCAACUUGCUACGUGGAAGAGAAGUUUUGCUUCUGCAAAUGCUGGUAGCUGCCACAGGACGUCCGGUCGCACUUAGGCUUUGCUAAUGAUCUUCGAUCUGAGCACGUCAUACGACAAGUUCUUAUUCGAAAA